GCCAGAGACCCUCUUGAGAAAAAAGCAAACCACAGAAGAUCCUUCUUCGCCCCUCCUUCUCGAGUACUGGUAUUGGCCGCUAUACUUCACAUCAUCGCUUAUCUUUUCAAUGAAGAUCAAGGGAGGGCAGACGUUCAACGACGAUUUUGAGCGAGAUUAACCCAUGAGACUCUCAGAGCCUGAGCAUGAACCAGAGGAGAGGUGCUUGUUUGUGGACCUCAGUGCCUCAGCACUGCCCCGCACCAUGUGAUCGUUACAAGCAUGCGUCUUGUGCCUACAGAGGCCAUGUUUACGUACUAGGAGGCAGAGAAAAAUGCUCACUCAGAGAUUUCUGGAAAUAUAAUGUGGUCUGUGACAAGUGGGCCGAGCUUCCCUAUGAUAGCGAAGAAGCACCUGAAGAACUGGAAGAGCACACAAUGGUAGCAUAUCAGGGAUUUAUGUAUGUCUUCGGAGGAAUGCAAGACUCAUCAUAUACUAACUCAAAAACACCUCUUUGGGUAUUUGAUACAGUUAAAGAGUGCUGGAUUAACUGGAAAACAGGGAGUGACACUUUACAGGGAGUGACACUAGCAAACAGAAAAGGGCACAGUGCUGUUAUCUUUGGGUCAUCUAUGUAUGUCUACGGUGGAUACAUUGAUAUAAGAGGAUCAACAAAGGAAUUCUGGAAAUUUGAUUUUGAUUCUAGGGUGUGGUCGCUCCUAAGCAGUGUACAAGGUGGGCCUGGUCCCAGACAUGGUCACUCAGCUAUGACAUACCAGGACUCUAUGUACCUUUAUGGUGGCCUGCAGGGCCUGAGGGAACAGAAGGACCUGUGGAUCUGGAGUUCUGCCAGUCAAACCUGGAGUUGCAUCAAAUUCCAUUCAGGUCCUCCCAGGCUGGUUGGUCACUCUGCUGUAUUGUUUAAGGACAGCAUGCUCAUCUUUGGUGGUGGGGAAACCCAGAGCUCUCCUCAGAGCAGCUUGUGGAGGUUCAACCUGGAAACACAAACUUGGAAGAAGCUAGCAUUGUUGCCUGAAUCCCCGUCUCUAUGCCGGAUCCAUCACUGCAGCAUUGGCCUAGGUCAGAGUUUCCAGCCAACGGCCCCAAACAGUGUCUAUUUAAGGGAAAUACCCAACUCUCACAACAUCAAUAACAAGCUAAGACCAUUUAAGAACAAGUGCCAACCAUCCCGCCCCACUUUGCAAGAGCCCUGUAUUGAGCUCCAGACUUUCCACAUGGACAAUAAGAAGCAUUCACCAGAUUUUAGUAUUGCACUGAAAGACACAAAGCUGAAAGGAAGCUGUCUCACCUUUGAGAACCAGGAGGCUAUUAGCGAGAAGCGGAAUAGUGUUGACCUGGCAGAGGAAACGGAGGAUGCCAUGUUUCUCCAUAUGCCUGACUUGCUGUUAGUCCUGGGCGGUAAACCUCUACAAGGACAGCAUGUGAUUUCAGUGUGGCAUAUGACAGUGGCAUAAAUCUGUUGUUUUUAGUGCAUUCUACUACUUUCUCUGUGAGAAAUUAAUGGGCCUUAGCAACACUACUAAUAUCCAGUGGGAGAACAAUUGAAUUCAGUAAUGUACAAA